AUGAAGAAAUUAGACUUCUGUGAAGUUCAGAAAAAGCGAGCUCUGAAAUAUUGUAGUAGACAGAUACCAUCAUGCGAAGAUAUAAGCUUAAAGAAAGAAAGUAUUAUAGAAGGAUGUAAAUAUAAGCAGUUCCAAAUAGAAUUGGAGUCUAAUGAAUUAAAAAGUCGUGAUAUAGAUUCUGUAUACAUGGAUUUUCAAUUAAAUACCAGCCCCUUUUCGAUGCAACCAUGUAUAAUUCGUAAAGAAAAACACGAAGCAAAUUAUCCAAAUUUUGAAAUUACAUAUGAUUUAAAUAUUCCAAACAUAACAUAUCAAGUUAGCCAGAGUUCUAAAUUUUAUGAAGAAAUUUAUUCGAAAAUAUAUAGCCAAUAUUCAACUGUUAGCUGCUCAUCGUGUAGUACCACGAGUAGUAUUAAACUAUGCAGGUCAAAUCUUGCAAAUUGCAAUGAAGAAGAUGAGAGCUACUCCUUAUUUUGGGAUAAUGAACCACUUUACUCUACAAACCCAGUGCUACUUGGGGAGAUAUCUGGAUUAUUAAGACAAAAGUUUGAAAAGGAAGAAUUAUAUGAAAUGGCAAUAGAGCUUCCAAAUAUAUCGAAGAAUGAAGUGGAAACUAUUUUAGAUUAUUCCUAUUAUUGCAAUGAGUUUGCAUUUCUGAAGCAUUAUCAAAUGGCAUACCCAUUUGAAGGUUAUUGCUUUAAGCCCAAUGUUCAGUUACAAUGGUUAUUUAUAGAGGAAUGGCCUCAUCUUGUUGUUAUGACUAUUCCAGGGACAAAAAUUAAUCAAAAUGAUGAAUUAUUUGCAGACCUUAGACUACUGAACUUGGGCAACUCAAAAUCUUUACCAAAACAAAAUAUAUAUAAUAAAUUAUUGACAAAAGAUUUACCAGUAAGAAAAUUAUCUGAUUUAUGUUGUGUAUGCAAAAGUGAAUUUGAUAAUCAAACUGACUCAAAAAUAGCAAAAUGUAUUUCCUGUCUUUGCUAUAUCCAUGAGUAUUGUGGAUAUUGUCAUAGUCAUUUAGAAGCCUCUUAUAGUUGUCAUCCUUGUUUAAAAAAAGCUUUUUCUACUAUUUUUGGUUUAAGAAAGAGAAAGGAAGCUAUAAUUUUGAGCAAUAGAGAGUCUAAUGAAGUCAAUCAAAGUAACUUUAAUAUACAAGGUAUUUCAAAUAUCUUUAGUGGUUCUUUACAGGCAUGCAACUCUUGUUAUAAUAUUUGGAAUAAAAAGAUGAAAUUUACAGAUAAAAAAAUAAGCUUUUUGUGUAGAGUAAUGAAAAAUCAUUUUGAAAAAGAUACUGAAAAUACAUUUGAUGAUACACUAGAUGUAUUUUAUGCUCAGAGUCCAACUAAAAAUAAUAUGUAUGAUGAAUAUUCAGAAGAUAUAGAUUUAAAUUUAAUUGAGAAUUGUUACCAAAUAGUCAAGAUAUUGUUAAAUAUGGUGAAUGAAUUAAAAUCAAAUAUAGAUAUUACGAAAUUCUGUGGGAAUAUUGCAACAAGUAGCAACUAUAUAUUAAACAAAGGUUUGAAUAUAGAAAGAGAAAAGAAGAUAUUUUCAGAAAACAUCAUUUUUGAUACAUGGAGAAAAUCAAGGUGGAAAGAUUUCAUAUUUUGGGAUUAUAACAUGAAUGGUUGGGUUGCAUCAUUAAGAUCUAAUGGAUUACAAUGCUUUUUUCCAGUUUUUUCAGUAAAUUCAUUUAUUUCUAGCUUCAAUGAUGCAGAAUUAUGGUUACAAAAUCGUCUUAGUGAAACAAUAAUACCAGGUGGGAUAUUAGCAGCAAUAGAGAAAAAUAGAACUAGCUCAAAUUUCUUUUUAAAUAAUUCUUCUAUGCUUAACUCUUCACCUAAAGCAAGAAUAUCACCUUCAUCGUUUCAUUCACCUUAUUUGCCAACUGAUUUAGCUUCACAUCCAGAUUAUCAAAUACAACUUUCAAUUAGUCAAGACUGCAAAUUUAGUGAUAAUAUUAGACGAGAAGAUGAUUAUUCACAAUUAAUUGACUCUACUGAAGAGUUAGAGGCUAGGUACAAGAGGGUGGGUGAUAGCACAAUCUCGAAUAUUUCACAGGAAGUGGUCUCUGGGGAAGAUAGAUGUGUCUCAACUAACUUUAAUCAAAAUGUAUUAUCCAACUUUAGCAUGACUUCAUAUAAUUCGAAGUUAUGUUACUCUCCGAUUAAUAAAAAAAGAAGAAUUCGGUCAACAUUACCUGUUACAUCUAAUGCUGCCAAAUGUCCCACAGAAUGGCGUGUUCGUGGUAUAACAUGGCAUGCUGAAAGAAAGGCAUUUAUAGUACCUUAUAGAAGAGAUAAAGAUGGUGGAUUAACAUCUACAACUUUUGGUGCAAUGAAGUAUGGAAGUCCAUUAACUGCAUUCCUAAAGGCUCUUGAUUUUCGUGAAAAUUAUCUUAAAGAACAAGCUAUGAAACUAUCAGAAAGUAUAAAACUUCCUCAUACUAUUAGUGAACAGGCAUCUUUAAUAAGAAGUUUACCUGAUAUAUUGUGGGAUAGUGAGAAAAUGGUUUGGAAAGCAUUAACUGAAGAUGAUACUGAGAAUCAGCUUCAACAAGAAAACAACUCAAGUAGUAUAAUUGAAGUGGAUGCUAAAUACUAUGGUGCUCGAAUUGCAUACGAGAUAGCAGAAGUUUACUACGUACGUCACAAAGCACUAAAAUUAAAGACUAAGGAAGGUCAAUUUAAUUCAGGGUAUAAUAUAAACACUACAAGACUAAAAAAUAGAGACAUAGUAGGAUAUGAUCAUUCAAUAAAUGGAUCAAUUAAAACAAAAUUCCUUACAAAUAGAGUAUCACCUCAUAUGCUAAUGUCACAAAACAGCUUCUUAGAUUUUGUAAGCAAACCAGUUUUGAAUAUUCAAAAUAUAAGAUUGCGUAUAGUUUAUUCUACUGGAGAAGAAGAAAUUAGAAAUGAUAUUAUUGCGUGGCAUAGUGGUGCAAAUACAUGGAUAAUUCUAAAUAGGUGCGAUGAUAGCAAUGAAAUAGAAACUAUAGACAGGAGUAAACUGGAAAAUAUAUGUCCAUUAACUGGACAGGGUUUCUCUCUUGCCUACUUACUUAUUAAAAUACUUGAAGCAUGUAUUGAUAAUAUCUUCCCUUCUUCAUGCAGAGUAUAUAUUCAUGCAGAAGAUGCUGAGUCAAUCAUUGAAAGUGAAGAUCUAGCAAAUCUACUACGUCCAUUACCUACUGGAAUAUCGUGGUAUUAUAAAAAGAGGAGAUUUUAUACUUCUAAUGGACUAGACAGCAAUGGAAGAGGACAACAUUUUAGCAUUGCAUUAUACGGUUCAUUAAUAUCGGCAUUUAAUGCAGCCAUUGACUAUCGUAACAUAUUCUUAAAAAAUAGAAGAAAGAACACACUUCCAAAAGUUAUGUGGAUAUUGUGUUAUCCCUUCAAUAUUAACUUGCUUACUCAAGAUCAACGCCAAGAAUCUAGUACUAUCAUGCACAAAAAUAAGUCAAGAAAGAUAAACAAUAAGUUUGAAAGUUUAAGGAGUAGCUAUAGUAAAAUUAGUGUUAGUAUUGAUGAACAUCUAAGUUCUGACAGUUGCAUUCCAACCAAUUCCUUUGAUAAUCAAAAUAAUUGGUUACAACAUCCUACAACUGUCUCGUUACUUGAAGAUCAGUUGGGUAGUCACCAAAAUGAUCUAGAUUCGCAAAUAUUAAACUUAGAUAUAUUAAAUUAA